CUGUUGUGUGUGUGUGUGCGUGUGUGUGAGUUUAUUUCCUUGUGAUUGCGGAAGACUCGAUCGAGCUGGCUCAGAUGGAAAUGAAACUCGGAAUCCUGUGCAGACUUUAGCGACCAAACUUCACACUAUGUUUGAAGCCCUGCCACCAGUUUAAGACGACGUGAUGGACGGUGAAAGAAGCAAUGGAGGUGACGAAUUUGGUGGAGAUCCAGAGGUGGAGGAUGAGUUUGCAUGUGCCGGGAUGCUGCGGGGAUCUCUGACGUCCCUUCACCGCACCGUGGAGAGGAUUUUUAUGGUGACAUUUGGAAUCGGGGAGGAAGAUUUGUCUCAUGGGAACAGUCAGAUAUGGCUGAAGCUGCGAGGGACGACGGACAAUGUGAAAGCUGCCAAAUUAUUCGUGAAGGGAGUUGUGAAUCAGGAGGAGCAGCAGGAGGUGUCGUACCCGCCGGUCCUUCACUGUGUCUUCUGUGGAGCCAGAGGACUGUUCGUGGACAGCCUGAUCAGAAACACCUCAGCACAUAUAGUGGUUGGCUCACCUGGAUUCCUGCUCCUAUCAGGGCUUGCGGAGCCUGUUGUACGGGCCUACUCCCUCAUUGCAGACCUAGUGGAGAGGUAUAAAGGCUCCCAGUCUAGACGCUGGGACACAGGGGAGAGAGGCUUAGGUGAGUCCCUGGACUCACGCCGCGCCUUCAAAACCCUGGUAGAGAAGUGGGACGACAGACACACUCUGGACCUUCUUGUUCUGCCUGGGUCAGUAAAGGAGAUCCUGUUGGAUUUAGUGAAAGAAUCGAGUCUGGGAUCAAAUCCGGAACUUACUGUUGAGAGUACCAACUCUUGUAGGGAUUCUGAACGUAGGCGGGAUAAAUCCAAAGCCACCAAAUUAACACUUCCCGAUCCCCUUGGUCCCACUGAUCAAAGGGCCGAUGGAAUGGCUGCAGGCAAUGACUCAGCAGUUAAUGACUCUUCUUUCAAAGCUUUCAUGUUCGCUGUAGGCCCACGAGGGUGGGCGGAAGGGGCCGAGGAAGAACUCCUGCACUCGCCUCAGGAAGUGGGAGAAGAAGUGAAGCUUGAACAUCAGGGAGCGUCAGGCGUCAGAGUGGACAACAGGCAGCAAAAAGAUGAGGAGCAGGUCUCAAAGGACAACAAGGACUUUUUACUUCUCCUGAAGUUCUUCACAGCCAUGGGGUACACGGAGGAAGUUGUGAAACGGGUCCUUGCAAGAACUGGACCCAAAGAAGCAUCACAGAUUCUGGAUUUGGUCCAACAGGAACAGGAUCGUAGUGACCGCGAGCAGAAAAAUGGUAGUGUCCCAAAAGUGAUCAGUCCAGUCAGUAUUACUUCAAGUCGAAGAGAAGCCCAACCCUGUGAGACGGAGGAUGAGGAAACAGCCACAGAAGGGGUCGAGGUAAGAAACGGUGAUGGAGAAAUGGGAUCGGAUCAGGAACAAGAGGAGUGGGGGGCAACCACAAGCCCAAGUCGGGAAAAGGGAAGUCCAGAGAUGGAAGGGACAGAACAGGAGGAAGACUUUGUCCUUGGGGUGUUGAAAAAAGCGGCUGUCAGUUGUGGGUACACCGAACAGAACAUCACCAAAAUCUACAACAGGCUGCCUGAUGGAUCUACUCACCAGCUGCUGCUGGAGCUCCAGAAAGAGGAGAGCAGAGACACCGACAGCUUAGGGGAAGAACCAGAGAUUCAGAAGUUGGUGCUGGAGAAAGGACUGGACGAUGGACCUGCUGAAGCUCAGCUAAAACAAGAUGUUGAGUUCCUGUUCCAUGAACAGAAGAGAGAAUCCGGUGAAAAGGGAACGGUAAAGGUGGCAAACCUUUCUCCAAAGUCAAGUUUGUCUGGCUGGACCGAUAAAUCCCAGCAUCUAGCCACCAGCCAGUUUGCCUCACAACCAAAGCAACAACCGCCUUUAAACACACAGACACAACACACCAACCUGCCUGAAGUCAAAGGGCCACCCAUGUUUACCUACCCCUCGGCCCUAAAUACACACCCUCCUCUUCCCAAACACAUCCAGACCCCUCACUGGAUCGAUCCGUCCACGUCAAAGCAACUCCAUCCCCCCAACUCAAAACGCCAGUCAAAACCGCCGCCGCAGCCUCAACCCCAUAUCUUCACCAACAACGACUCGUCUUCCACUAGAACAAAGGAAAGGCAGGACUUUGUUCCCUCUUCUUCGGUGGUGGUGACAGGGGAGCAGCGCUUCCUGGAGGGUCUGCAGACCCCCUUUGAGCUGAAGCUGACAGACGAGCCAGGAGACCCAGAGCUGAGGACGGUCAUCAUUGAUGGGAGCAACGUAGCCAUGAGCCACGGCUUGGGUCAUUUCUUCUCCUGCCGAGGAAUCGCCCUGGCCAUCCAGCAUUUCUGGGAGCGCGGUCAUCGGCACAUCAGUGCUCUGGUGCCACAGUGGAGGCAGAAAAGUGACCAAAGAAUCAAAGAGCAACACUAUCUAACAGAACUGCAGAAGCUGGGCCUGCUCUCCUACACCCCCUCCAGAGAGGUCUACGGCAAGAGGAUCAGCUCGUACGAUGACAGACUGAUUCUGCAGCUUGCCCAAAAGACAGAUGGAGUGAUCGUUACCAACGACAACCUGAGAGACCUGUCUGAUGAGUCGCCUGUAUGGAGGGACAUCAUCAAAAAAAGACUCCUUCAGUACACAUUUGUUGGAGAUCUCUUCAUGGUCCCAGAUGAUCCUCUGGGCAGAGGAGGACCCCACCUGGAUGAUUUUCUACGUUCAGAGCACAGGACUCCUGAUCCAGGAAAUCACUCCUUUGCCGGUUCAGCCUCCCCUUUCCUUCCCUUCAAGAAUCCACGCUCCCAAACAGAAGUCCUGAAUUUCCGCGACCGCACACCUGGUGGCGCUCUGGAUUCAUCAGGUGGAGGCGGGCGGGGCAGGGGGAGAGUGCACGGAAAGGGGUGGGAUGGAGGGGUCCAGCACAGGCCUGGCAGCAGGGGGAUGAUGGUCGUUCCAGACAGAACCCCUGAAGAAACAGCUGACCUGAAAGGGCAGCUUUUGUGUGUUUUCCUGGAUCAGGACAACAUGGUGACGCUGGUGCUGCAGUGCCACCCGGCAGAGAAAGACAUCAACGUCCUUUCUGAUCUGAUCUUAGAGCAGCAAAAGAACUAGAAGUACCAGAGUUUUCUCUUUAACCUUAGUGUUCCGCUAACCACUUGCGUUUCCUCUAAAGCAGCACUGAUCCAGAUCAAUAUUUAAAAAAAAACUUUUGCUUCACUGCAAAAAGCAAUUCAUACCUGCUCUAAUAUCCACCUGUGGACGGAUCACUUCCUACCUCUCUUCUGUCAGAGUCUUAAUCUUCAGCCAAAGCUUGGUUGACCUUUGCCCCACACUGCAAACCAUGCAUCUUAGUCUUCAGAUAGCAGCUUAACAACUGGGACCACUGGUAUUCCACAACAAUCCAGUCAUGUGAAACACUAGACUACAACCGCUGUGAUGAACUGGUGCCCAUAGGGACCAUCUCCACCCAUGACCCUGGACGGGAUCGUGCGGGGUGAGAAACUGGGUGACUAGUUGGACACCAAUGACUUUGGCUUGUUAACACCAACAGUUAUGGUCUGUUGUGUCUGAUCUGACUAUGAGAACGAAGUAUGUUCAACUCUUUGGUGUAAAAGAAUCUAAAGUCUGUUUGUAAAUCACAUUUUCACUGACGUCUUAUUGAAUUACACACAAAACACAAUAAAUUACUCCAACCAGGCUGAUAACGUUAGGAUUUUGAGGAUUAGGGUUCAAAGUAGUGAAUUCCAGUUUUUUGGUACAAAGCACUCUGAGAACUGUGAACCCUGUAAUUAAAACUAUAGUCAGCAUGCAGACGUUUUCCUCAACAGCUGGUUUUAACCUUUUCAGAUGCUAUUUUUUGCUAAAUGUGUUUUUAUGAUGGGUUAUUUAACAGCGGCAGACCUAAUGGGUGGUACUGAACAUGUGUACAUAGUUCUUAGAUGUGAUUUAGAAAAAAAAACACUGAACUAAUAACAUUGAUACUCGUUAUAGUUUAUUUUUAUAUUUUACUGCUCAUGGGUCAUGCUGAGACAAUAAAGAUCAUACAUGAUGUGUUUGAAAAAAGGUAGUUUUGUUUAUCAUUCAUCACUUGUAAGAGCUCCACUCUUUUUUCUUUCACCUUUAUUGAUUUUAUUUUAUAUGUGUUAUUAAUACGGGAACAACGGGUAAAACCUUCUGGGGUUUUAUGUCUUUAAAUAGAAACAUAGAACUCUAAAAGGCCACAUGUAGUGAAUCUAAUUAUUUUACAUGUCGACCUGUUCUAACUUUAUCAUGUGGAAAUGAUGACUCGGUAUUAUUAAAUGUUGAAAGGUCUUGGGUGUGGGAUGUAAUUCUAGUUUUUGGUUUAGAGGAAUUCUUUCUAGUCUCCGUUUUAAACACUUUUGUCUUUCUCAAACUGAAAACACCUGAAUGAGAACAGCUGAUUCUGGGACACACGGAUCUGUUUCAUUUAAGGAGGAGAACUGAUGUGAAGAGCUGGAAGCAAAAGUGGUCCCAGGGCUACAUCAUGUUAGAAAAACAACCAUCUGUAUUAUAAAAUAAUAUAAAAUUUUUGUUAUCAGGAUGCGACGAGUCGGGGAGUAUCGGAUUUUGAGAUGUUUCUAUGUGGUGUGAAGUUUGAGACAAGAGUUGUUGAUUUAUUGUAUUUAUUUGCCAAAUUGUUAAAUAUUUAACAAGGAAGGGUUUGUGUUGACUCGUUUGUGCUUUGCAGUUAUCCGUUGUCUCCACCAGAGGUCAGGCUUCACCUGAACUGUGAAGAUGGGCGUCACAUGUAUAAUGAACCUUUACACAUACGUAGGUACCACACAUUGGUGACCACAUUUCUCAACACAAACAUUCACUGACAAAAUAAAUAUACAAGAGCCAAA